AUGAAGGGGAAAUCACCAGGUCCGAAAUAUGGUGCGCCGACCACUGUGGGUUACGUGCUGGCCGAUCCGAGAAUUAUUACGGCGCCGGCCUACUCGUUGGGAAAACGGCUGGAUGCGGGUAGUCAUUCUGGGCGUCGCGUGCCCGGGCCGAAGUACGACGUUUCCAACAUUACCCGCCACGGCCGGGUCAGUGAAGGGGCUAACGGAGCAAUAAUAGUAUCCAAGAUUCCAGAGCGUUCGAAUCGUAUACCCGGCCCGGCCACGUACAACACUGGACCCUGUAUGCCAGUCACAAAGCCGGCGAUGCCGAUGUAUUCCAUGGGGUGAGUUUAAGUUUAAACAUAUUUUAUAACAAUGUGUCGUUAUUAUUAUUUUUACGUCCGACGACGAUGACCAUAAAUGUUAUCAAAUAUCCACCAGCAGCAAUAAAUUAUCAAUAAAUAAUCGACGUUUAAAUUAUCGUUUAUCGCGUGCGACGAACGCUCGGCGGUUGUACAGGGUCAAGCUGGCCUCGCGGAAAAAAUCGGGUUCGAUACCGGCGCCGAACGCGUAUAGCAAGGCCUCGACAUUAGGGAACCAGGCGGUCGAUGUAUCGUCGGCGCCGAUGUACACGAUCCUGGGAAAACGUGUGGAACCGCAGGGUGGCGGUGGAAAGAGGAUACCCGGGCCGAACAAAUAUCCGGCCGUCCAAUUGGAAUUGUUCAAGUCUCCCGCCAUGCCGAGGCCCGUCAUUUUGGGCCCGUGGUCCGGCUGCAGAGGAAAACGCACGCCUGCGCCCAACGCGUAUUUCCCGGGCCCGUCGUCGUCACGAUACGCCUCCGCGCCCCAGUACUCCAUGGCCGCUCGGAUAGCCGAGCAGUCCCAACCGUUUUACACGGCCGUGGACAAGGUGCCCGACUGGGGUACAUAA